AUGAAACACACUGCCAUGGGUCGCCAAUUGGCAGCGGCGGUCUCAUACAGUAAUAAUAUCAAACAAUUAAACAACAAGUUUCACCAAGAAAAACAGGUCGUUGCGGCGCGUAUUGACAGCUCCGCCCUAAGGUCAAACAAAGCAGACAAAACAAACACCGUCGUUCCGAGCCCUCACAAACACAGGGCUCCAGGGACCCGGGGCCGGGGGCCGAACUUACUGGUCCUUGGGGGCUCCGCAAAGUUCGCGCAAUUUGUCACCGUCGGGCAGCGGGCCCCUGCACUAUAUUUCAUAAGCACUUAA